CCCUCUCUCUCUCUCUCUCUCUCUCUCUAUCUACUCCUCGGCGAUUAGGCGAUUCCUCGCCUCUCCUCGCGGCCGAUCUUUUGCCGAGUCCUCGGCGGCGUCUCCGGCGACGGGAACUCACUUCCCCUCUGAAUUUUGCGAGAAUUGGAUUGCACAGAACCGGAAAGGAGUACUCAUCGAAGGAUAAAAUUCUCGGUGGAAUCAGGAUAGAUAUAUAAGAUGGAGGAGGCGGCUGGAGUUCUUAAAGUGUUUGUCGGCCAAGGGAAGAGGCUCGCGAUUCGGGAUUUCAUGAGCAGCGAUCCGUAUGUCGUCGUGAGGGUCGGGAAUCUGACGGCGAAGACGAAAGUCAUUAACAGUUGCCUGAAUCCGGUCUGGAACGAAGAGUUCGCUUUCUCCGUCAAAGAGCCGCUCGGAGUCGUGAAAUUCGAGGUGUUCGAUCGCGACCGAUUCAAGCACGACGACAAGAUGGGGCACGCCUUUCUCGAUCUGCAGCCGAUUGCCGGAGCCUCGAAGCUCAAGCGCGCGCUGCAGCUCACCACGGCCGGCGAGACCAAGCUGCGGAAGGUGGCCCCGAACCCCGACAACUGCCUCCUGGCCGACAGCUUCGUCACCCACACCGACGGCGAGAUCGUGCUGGACGCGCGGCUCAGGCUCUGCGACGUCGAGUCCGGCGAAUUGUUCGUGACGGUUAAGUGGAUUGAUUGCGCCGCGGCGGCGGCGGCAAACAGUAGCACUAGUUAUGCAGCAGCUAGGUGAAAGAAAAAAAAAAAAAGAGAUCAAAAUUUGUACAUUAAUGUUGUUUUUUUUUUCUUUUUGUGUUAGCAAGAAGUGGAAUGGAAAUUGAGUUGAGGUGUGAAAUUUUUGUCUUGGUGAGGCUUUUUCCAUGUGAUGAUGUAAAUUUAGAUUGUUAGCUUAAAGUUUGGAAUCAUCAUCAACAUCAUCAUUUUAUUUUUUUUUUUCUUCUUCUUCUUCGUGUUAGGGCCGUAUUAUUGGAUGUAAUUAUAAAUGCAGUACUUAUAAUUACAUGCAUCUUAUUUAAUCUGAUGUAAUUGAAAGUGCUGCAACUAUAAAUAAUAGAGUUAUAGAAUUGGAGCU